AUGGAAGAACGGUUGGAAGGUAAUCAAAGAGAGAUGCGAGCUCUAAUGGAAACCAAUAGCACAGAGCUGAAAAGCUUCAUGAGUACUCAGAUCAGUUCCAUUUUGAGAAGUUUGCAAGGUGAUAGGGGCAUUUUGGGAAAUCCUACGAACUCAGCAGAAAGAACUCUUAAUAAUCGAAAUGCUGGAGCUCAAGGUGUUCGACAAAGUGAAUUUGGUAAUUCAACCAGAGGAGAUGGUCAGCAUUGGCCAAUGGGGGUUCCCAGGCUAGAUUUUCCCAGGUUUGAAGGCCACAGUCCCAAGGAAUGGAUCAGGAAGUGUGAAAAAUUUUUUCACCUGUUUCACACUCCUGAGGAUCAGCAUAUGGACUUGGUGGAAUUGCACUUAGAAGGCAUGGCAGAUCUCUGGUAUCAAAAUUUUAAAAAAGACAGAGGAGUGGUCCAAUGGAAGGAUUUUGGUUUGGAGGUGUGUAGAAGAUUCAGCCAUGUAGGAGAGGCAGACGCAGUAGAGGAGUUCAGCAAGCUUAGCCAAACCUCCACAGUUCUGGCUUACCAAGAAAAGUUCGAAGAGUUGAGGUCAAUUGUAAUGCUCCAGGUGCCUGAACUGACCGAAUCUUAUUACAUUGCUAGUUUUCUAAGUGGAUUGAAGGGGGAAAUCAAAUCUGCUGUAAAGAUGCAUAGGCCUCUUAGUCUGCAGGCUGCAUUUGAAAUGGCUAGAUGGCAGGAACACCACUUGGAGCUUCUUCACAAGUCCAACAGAACUCCACUCAAAAGUGGCCCCCAGCCAAAUUCCUAUGGUUCUACCAAGGGAGUGCAGGAUCCUGGAGUUAGGCAGACCAGCACUCAGUCACCAGAUUAUAGCAGGAAAUCCAACUCACAGCAGGUUUUCAAGAGAAUCUCCCCUACUGAAUUUCAAUACAGGAAGGACCAUAACCUGUGUUUUAGGUGUGGGGAAAAAUUCAGUCCAGGGCAUAACUGCAAGAGCAAGGGAAUCCACAUGUUGUUAGCGGACGAUGGGAAAAAUGGUGAUGCAGAUCAGAUAGCAGAAGAGGAGGAAAUUAUUGAGUACAAGGGGAACCAGCAUGAGCAUGAGGUGGAGCUGACCUUGCAUGCAAUGUCAGGAGAAUUAUCAUCUAGCAUCAUCAAAAUGCAGGGGCAGUAUAGAGGACAUCAACUAACAAUCCUUCUUGAUGGGGGAAGUACUAACUGUUUUAUCAAGAGCUCUGUGGCUCAGAUGUACCCAGAGAUGGUGCACGGGCAUAGGCCUUUUAAGGUUAAGAUAGCUGAUGGCAAGGAGUUGCAUUGUGACCACUGGAUUCCUGGGAUGCAGUGGGAUAUGCAGGGCCACACAUUUACUCAUGAUGUGUUUGUCUUGGAUCUGGAACCUUAUGAUUUGAUAUUGGGAGUAGACUGGAUGAAAUCCUACAGUCCUAUCACUUUUGACUUCAAGACAUUACAUCUGUCUUUUGAAAAGGAAGGGGAGCAGGUGGUGCUAAGAGGAGACACCAGCACUGCCAACGGUAGGAUGCAGCAAGGCAUAUCAGCUCACAAGGACAUCAAGCAUAAGAUCAGGAAAGCUCUGCAACAAUCUUGCAUGGUGAAAAUUCACAACUCACAGGUAAUGUAUGUACCAGAUUCUCUCACUGAAUUGCUGGCCAAAUAUGAUGACAUUUUUACAGAACCUAAAACUCUCCCUCCUAACAGAUGCCAUGACCACCAUAUUCCCCUUAAACCAGAUGCCAAACCUUUCAAAAUCCCUCCAUACAGAUACCCCCAUUUUCAAAAAAAUGAAAUUGACAAGCAAGUGAAAGAUAUGUUAGCUUCUGGCCUUAUACAACUCAGCCACAGCCCCUUUGCAUCCCCUGCUCUAUUAGUCAAAAAGAAGGAUGGGAGUUGGAGACUUUGUAUUGAUUAUAGGCAGCUAAACAACCUUACAAUAAAAGAUAAAUUUCCAAUUCCUAUUAUCGAUGACCUGCUAGAUGAAUUACAUGGAGCCAAGGUCUUUUCUAAAAUUGACCUGAGAUCAGGUUAUCACCAAAUCAGAAUGAACUCUGAUGACAUUCCCAAAACUGCCUUCAGGACUCACUCUGGACUAUAUGAGUUCCUUGUAAUGCCAUUUGGACUCACCAAUGCACCCGCCACCUUUCAGGCACUAAUGAAUUCAGUUUUUGAACCUUACAUCAGAAAAUUUGUCCUUGUAUUCUUUGAUGACAUCCUGAUCUAUAGUCCAGACCACAAAACUCACCUACACCACUUAUCCAUAGUCUUAGAGACCUUGAGAAAACACUCCUUGUAUGCAAAAAUGUCAAAAUGUUCAUUUGGUCAGAAUCAGGUAGAGUAUCUGAGACAUAUAAUUACCAGUGAAGGGGUGGAAACUGAUCCAUCCAAGGUGGAAGCUAUGCUGUCCUGGCCAGCCCCUACCUGUUUGAAGGCCCUCAGAGGAUUCUUGGGCUUGACAGGGUACUACAGGAGGUUUGUUAAGGGGUAUGGGGAAAUUGCCAAACCUCUCACUGAGCUGCUGAAGAAGGAUCAAUUUGCAUGGAGUGCGACUGCAGAAUCUGCAUUCCAGCGGUUGAAAACGGCCAUGAGCAGGACACCAGUAUUAGCUUUACCUGAUUUUUCAAAACCAUUUCUAUUGGAAACUGAUGCGAGUCAGGUAGCUAUUGGGGCGGUUCUGAUGCAACAAGGGAGGCCUAUAGCAUACCACAGUCAAGCAUUGGGACAGAAAAAUCAGACCAGAUCCACUUAUGAGAAGGAGCUGCUAUCACUCAUCACUGCAGUUCAAAAAUGGAAACAUUACUUGAUGGGAAACCAUUUCAUUAUAAAGACUGACCAUGAGAGCCUCAAAUACUUGCUGGAUCAGAAAAUAAACACUUCCCUUCAGCAGAAAAUGGUUGGUUAA